AUGGCAGCAACACAAAUCGCCGAAUGGCAGAAGCGCGCAGAGGCCUUCAAGCCUCUCAACCUCAAGCAGAUUGAGGGUCCCAUCGCCGAGCUCGACGCACACCUCACCCUGCGCACCUGCAUUGUUGGCUACUCGGCCACCGACGCCGACCUCGAUGUGUGGAAGGCCAUUCGCGGCAACCGCAUUGCCCACUCGUCCGUCAUCAAGCAGGGUCUCUACAUCAACGUCAGCCGCUGGUUCAACUUCAUCGAGGAGACUGAGCGUCCCGUUGUCGAGCUGGCCAGCCGUGGCAAGGAGAUGGCCAAGAAGGCCGAGGGCAAGGCAGACCAGGGCAACUACGACAUUGGCCUCGAGGGCACUGAGAAGGGCGUCGUCACUCGUUUCCCUCCCGAGCCCUCAGGUUACCUUCACAUUGGUCACGCAAAGGCUGCUCUGCUCAACGACUACUUCGCGCACAAGAAGUACCAGGGCAAGAUGAUCCUGAGAUUCGACGACACCAACCCCUCCAACGAGAAGCAAGAGUUUGAGGACUCGAUCGUCAAGGACCUCGAGCUCAUGGGCAUCAAGCCCGACCAGGUCACCCACACGUCCGACUACUUCCAGGAGCUGUACGAUGCUUGUGUCAACAUGAUCAAGAGCGGUCACGCCUACGCCGACAACACCNCCCAGGAAAUUCUUCGCGACGAGCGUAUGAACAAGGUCGACUCAAAGCACCGCAACGACUCUAUCGAGGACAACCUUGCCCACUUCGAGGAGAUGAAGAAGGGCACCCCCGAGGGCACUACCUGGUUCAUUCGUGCAAAGAUCAACAUGCAGGACCCCAACGGUGCCAUGCGUGACCCCGUCAUCUACCGCUGCAACCCCCAGGCUCACCACCGUACCGGCGACGCCUGGAAGAUCUACCCCACCUACGACUUUGCCUGCCCUGUUGUCGAUGCUGUCGAGGGUGUCACUCACGCACUCCGUACCACCGAGUACAACGACCGUGAUGCCCAAUUCCAGUGGAUGCUCAAGGCUAUGGACUUGCGCCACGUCUACAACUGGAACUUUGCCCGCAUGGCCUUCGUCCGCACUUUCUUGUCCAAGCGCAAGCUGACAAAGAUUGUCGACAAGGGCGAUGUUUGGGGCUGGGACGACCCUCGUAUGCCUACUGUCAGAGGUAUUCGUCGUCGUGGUAUGACCGUUCCUGCUCUCCAGGAGUUCAUUCUCUCCCAGGGACCUUCCAAGUCCAUCACCUUGAUGGACUGGACCAAGAUUUGGGCCACCAACAAGAAGUACAUUGAUCCCAUUGCCGGUCGUUACACUGCCAUCGAUACCAAGGACAAGGUCACCGUUACUGUUACUGGUGCUCCCGCAACUCACACCGACAUGAAGGACUUGCACGCCAAGAACCCCGCUGUCGGCCAGAAGAAGGUUGUCUUCAGUAAGAACAUCCUCCUUGACCAGGUUGAUGCCGCCUCCUUCGCCGAGGGCGAGGAGAUCACUCUCAUGAACUGGGGCAAUGCUAUUGUCAAGUCCAAGUCCACCACCGUCGUCGACGCACUCAAGUCUCCUAUCGCAACUCUCAGCGGCAACGCUCCCAUCUCAUCCAUGGAACUCGAGCUCCACCUCCAGGGUGACGUCAAANAGACCUCCAAGAAGGUUACUUGGCUCUCCACUGACCAAGAGCUUAUUCCUGUCAAGCUUUACGAGUUCGACUACCUGCUCACAAAGGACAAGCUCGAGGAAGAGGACGACUUCGAGAAGUUCUUGAACCCCAACACUUCGACUCUGACCGAGUGCUUGGCUGAUUGCAACGUUGCCGACCUCAAGGUGGACGAUAUUAUGCAGUUCGACCGUAAGGGCUUCUACAGAGUUGACAAGGCUUUCAAGAACGGUGAGCCUGCUGUCUUCUUCCAGAUUCCUACUGGUAAGGGUGGAAAAUAG